GAAAUGUCUACGGAUCGAGGCCAGACUAAAGAUUCACAUUUAGUCUGGCUUGCCAGGCUUUAAAAGAAUAUAAGGUUUCUGUUUUUUUUCUCCGAUAUCCCCUGGUCCACACUCCAGCCCAGUCGGUGGCGGUAAUGCACCUUUAAGUUGGUUUGCCAACCGCCAUAAAUCCUUAAAGAAGAAGAACGUGCAAAAUGUUCCCGUUGACUUUUGUAAUGCGUGUUUUCUGUGCAAGACUGACAAGGGAAUCUCAGCGACGUUCUCAGUUUUGCCUCAGUCAAGCAGUCGGUUGGCCCAGCAUUCAGGUAGUAGGGAAGAAACAACGGGUUGACCUGCCGUUAUUAAACGAAGAAGACCUGGAGGAACAGUUUGUCCGUGGCUCCGGACCAGGCGGACAAGCAACGAACAAAACCAGUAACUGUGUGGUAUUAAAACAUAUCCCGACUGGUGUAGUUGUAAAGUGUCACCAGACCAGGUCAGUGGAGUUGAACAGGAAGCGUGCACGAGAGAUCCUGCAGAAGAAACUGGACAUUGUUUACAAAGGUGAAGAUAGCGAGCUGCUAAAACAGAAGGAGGACUCCAGGAUAAGAAAACAAAUAAAACGAAAGAAGGUCUCUGAAAAUUUAGAAAAAAAGAGACUGUUCAAAAAAAUACUAGUGGCUGGCUUAAAGGAAGAAGAUGGGAGUGGAUAAAGUUUCAUUUAUAAACUUAUUUUGCACCGGUGAUCUAAUAGAUGAACAAUAUCUUCAGUUAUACAAUUGUACAAUCGCGCUUAUUCUGUGAUGUGGAUUAAAAACUGAUUGUCAUGUUCACAUCAUAGACAUGUGCCACAAUGCCUGUUGAGUACUACCUUAUUUCUAAUCUGUCUUGUAGGAUCAAAACUUGGUCAUGGCCCAAUAUUAAUAUUUCCAGUAUCAUUUUUAGCUUGCAAAUUCAUGUCCUUCAGACAUGCCGGAACACAGGAAAUCUCAUCACACAGACAACCCCCCCCCCCCCCCCCCCCCCCCCCAAAGUUUACACAUUGAGUAAGAAGGACAAAUCCAACCACACAGAUUUGUCAUGUCCUGAUACUUUUAUACCAAUAGCAGUUUACAACCCUCUGAAGAUGUUGAAACAUACAAGAUGUUUGUUAAACCUCGUCUGAAUGGCGUCUUACUGAGCAGAUGGUGUCAAGAGACUGAUUUACAGCACCUACCAACCUCAAGCUGACCACCUCUAGAGCCUCAAUGAAUAUCUAUCUGAAUUGAAACAAUGUAACUUUCUGCAAACGCGCAUUUGGGCGUUUGCACGCACACUCCCAAUGAGGUACAUGUGUUCGGACAAAGGGAAAUAUUCCUUGGUCAGAGAAAAGUGUUUAAGAAUGGACAUAAUGAAGGCUGCUUGGUUUUGCUGCAAAAAAAAAGUGUAACGGUCAAUAUCUUCAGAAGAAUUGUGGUUUGUUCUGCAAGAUUGUCAGAAAAACUUCAGUUAAUUUUCUUAUAAAUUGUACAUGAGACGACUAUUUUUAAAGGGCCAUCACACCAAAUAUUGACUUUGCUUCAUUUAUUACUGUUUCCUGCCUGCUCUUUAUUUUUUAAAUGUAAACAUAUAGCUUUUAUUUUUAAGGCAUCUUUGCUCUACAGCAUAUGCGCCUAAGCCUUUUGCACAGUAUUUUAUGUCCUAUCUACAAUCCUAUACUGUACUGCUUUAGUGCCAUUCCAUAGUGUGUGGACAGUGUGCACAGCCAUACGGACAGCCUAAAGAUGCAUUUAGAAGAUGUCUCUGGACAAUUAAUACAAAUGUUUUUUGUUGGCAAGACUGCAGUUGCUACGAACAGUCUUGCACUCAAGUCUCCAUUCGUAAGCAGUUAAUAACUUCAACAAAAUAGACUUCAUGUUAAAAUUAUAAUUAAUUUCCCGGUUACAUUUGUUGACUAUAUAGGACACAAGUUAUUAUAAUCUUGCUAUCUGUUAUCACCCAAAUGAGGAUAUGUUCCUUGUUGAGUCUUGUCCCUCUCAAGGUUUCUUCAUGUCGUUUGAGUUUUCCUCGUUGUUCAAUUUUUUUGCUUAGAUCGGCUUUGCCUACCUUGAUGAUUCGCAUUCAUAAUUACAAGUAACCUGUAUCUAACUGUAGUGUGAAUGCAUGCACACACUGAUGUGUUUUUGCUUGAGUCAUCUGCAUCGCUAACAACAAAAACUGUCAUAUCUGUGAGAACUCAUGGUAUUAAAACUGACUGAAUGCAAUAGUA